CCGUGGUAAACAGCAAGUUGCAUUCAAAUCAAAAUAAAAUCCGUCCUUCCUCCCUUCGCUGCUAUUCUGCCACUGUUCUGUAUACAUAUAGUAAAAAAGGUCACCGAAUCAAGUGCAAGUGCAAUAAAAUGCAAGUGAUAAGGCAAGCAAUCAAGCCCCACACGACCAGAACUAUCUUCAGCUCAUUUGUCAAUCAUCGUUCAGUGUCGUCGGUGGCAUUAGUAAACAGAACAAUCAACACAGGUUCCAAUCGUGGCUACGACGGGAGACGAGGUCAAUAUGGUAAUAAAUCUACCAUCGACGGUAGACUAACUGGUACUGCUCUAUCAUGUUUGAUUGCUGGCCUCUUUUUGCGAACAGCGGAAGAUGAAGAUCAAGCGGGACGAAGAAGUUUCUCAUUAUUUCCCACCGUUUCGGCUUUUACUCAUGGGAAGGAAUUGAAUGGACGCCGGACUAUGUACAAUUUCAUAGCCGACGUAGUGGACGUCUCUGCACCGGCAGUUGUAUACAUUGAGAUCAAGGAUACGAGACACUACGAUUUCUUUUCCGGACAACCGAUGACCGUUUCGAACGGAUCAGGAUUCAUUAUCGAAAAAGAUGGACUGAUACUAACGAAUGCACAUGUAGUAAUCAGCAAACCCAAUGCAUUGGUCACGGUGAAGCUGCUGGAUGGACGAACAUUUCCGGGAGUAGUCGAAGAUGUAGAUCCCAACUCCGAUCUGGCAACGGUGCGAAUCAAAUGCAAAGACUUGCCCGUUAUGAAGCUGGGUAAAUCUUCCGAUCUUCGAUCAGGAGAAUGGGUUGUAGCCCUGGGAAGUCCACUGUCCUUGAAUAACACCGUGACAGCCGGUGUUGUCAGCUCUACCCAACGCCCCUCGCAAGAACUUGGCCUACGAGGUAAAGAUAUUAACUACAUCCAAACGGAUGCGGCAAUCACGUUUGGCAAUUCCGGUGGUCCGCUGGUUAAUCUGGACGGAGAAGCCAUCGGUAUCAACAGUAUGAAAGUGACACCUGGUAUCAGCUUUGCCAUACCGAUCGAUCAUGCCAAGGAUUUUCUGCAGAAGGGUGCCGAUAGAAGGAAAGCGAAGGGAUACAGUACAGAAAAGAUUCCGGUGCGCCGAUAUAUGGGCAUUACGAUGUUGACGCUUACGCCGGAGAUACUGCGGGAACUGAGACAGAGAAGCCACAACGUACCGGACAACGUUCGCAGUGGAAUACUGGUUUGGAAAGUGAUCCAGGGAUCACCGGCUCAUGUCGGAGGACUCUACCCAGGCGACAUCAUCAUCGCCAUCAAUGGCAAGGAGGUGAAAAACUCAGCCGACGUGUACGAGCUGCUGUCGGCAAAGGACCGAGUACUGAACAUCACAAUCUAUCGCGGAGUGGAACGGAUGACCGUCAAGGUAACUCCCGAAGACCCGGAACAGGUUUAACCUAGCAUGAGGAAAACACAUAAUACAAUCACGAAACCUUGUUCUGACACAUCACAUAAUUUAUUUUUUAAAUCUGUAAAUACAUACACGAUUGUAUAUUUUGUUACACUGCCUCUGGAAUAAAAUUUUUACAUCAAUA